AAAUAUAUGCAAGCUGCUAUAAGACAGUCAGUGAGCAGAGUGAAUCACUUCAGACAGCAAAGACAGGAGAGAAUCAUCAGCUCUACACUGAGACACCAUGAAGACUCUGAGCUUUACAGCGGGACUGCUGCUGCUGCUGCUCACUGUUUACCACUGCACCACCAUGCCUCAUGGACCAAAUGAAAUGUCACCUGCAUCAUGCUGCUUUAAAUUCUUUCCAAAAAGAAUACCAAAACCACACAUCAUCUCCAUCAUCAAAACUCACAAAAGAUGUUCAGAAAAGGCAUUUGUGGUCGGUACUCCCUAUGGACCAUUAUGUGUGAGGCAGGCUCUGGAUUGGGCUAAGAAAGCUUUUAAUGAACAAUCAUCUGAGAAUCAGUGAAUAAACAGCUCCACCCACUCCACCUCCAGCCAUGAUUCAACUCUGACAUUAACAACCUGUAUUAUUCUAUGAUUUAACUAACCAUUAACCAUUUUAUUAUUAAUCCUAUAUACCUUUGUUCUGCUUUACUUUUAAAUCAUUAAAGUUUUACUUCACAAAUCA